CCUGCCACUGAUAACUUUGUAAUUGUAACUCAUUACCGCCCAAAAAAUGCUGUAAAAUUAGUACUCUAGUACACUGAUUUUACUAAUCACCGAAUGAUAAAAUUACAGUUAGCAUAAAAAUGUAUCUGGUCGUAUUACAGAUCACGUCCUUCAUCUACAUUUUUUUGGCAAACGCCGAUAAUACGUUAGAAAUUAAAGUGUCACAAGGACGGAUUAGAGGUGUUUUAACACAGACAUGGACCGGUAAAAAUUUUACCUCAUUUACUGGAAUUCCCUACGCCAAACCACCAAUUGGAGAACUAAGAUUUGAGGCACCGGUACCAGCAGAACCGUGGGAAGAUGUACUGGACGCGACCAAAUACGGAUCGAUUUGUCUUCAAGACUUAUUAUUACUGAACAUUUCGGAAGUGCCGGGGAACGAGGACUGUCUUUAUCUGAACGUUUACACACCUCAGGUAAUUUACUACCUGUCUCAAAGAAAUUCAUUAUUGUUACCCGUAAUGUUUUAUAAUCAUGGAGGAGGCUGGAUGCUUGGAAGCGGCAAUGAUGAAUGGCACGGACCAGGGUUUCUCUUGGAUCAAGACUUGGUUCUGGUUACGUAUAAUUAUAGAUUAGGUCCACUUGGGUUUAUUAGCAUGGGAGAUGAUGUAGUGCCGGGAAACAAUGGCCUAAAAGACCAAGUUUUAGCUUUAAAGUGGGUAAAAGAGAACAUCAUAGCUUUUGGUGGAGAUCCUAAUCGUAUCACCGUUUUUGGAAAUUCAGCAGGCGGAGCAAGCACGCACUUCCAAACAGUGUCACCGCUAACCAGGGAUUUAAUUAGCGGGGCCAUUCUUCAAAGUGGCACCGCUUUUUCGCCGUGGGCGUUGUCUUCUAAAGAGAGAGCGAGGAACAAAUCAUUGACUUUAGCGGAACGGUUUGAUUGUGCAUUAUCUGACAGUAGACUUAUGAUAGAGUGUCUUAAGACACCAUCUGCAAUGGAAAUAACGAAAGCAUCUCAAAAACUUUAUGAGUGGCAUAAACAUUCUUCAAUACCAUUUCGACCUGUCAUUGAACACAAUAUCAAAAAUUCAUUUUUGCCAGAUCACCCUGCAAACAUAAUCGCAUCGGGUAAGGCAGCAAAAGUUCCCAUCAUGCUCAGUGUAACAACCGAAGAUGGGUUAUUAAUGUCAGGAGGUUUGUUUAACCACAGCGAGAUUUUUGAUCAAUUUACUAAGAAUUUUGAAAAGAAUGCGCCAUUAGCACUAAUCUACGAUGAUCUCACGUGGACGAAUAAGAUUCGGUCGUUCUACGUACAUGGUCAAGAAAUUGGGUCAAAGCACACGUCGGAAAUUACCAAGAUGUUUACGGAUUGGUGGUUUUUCUACCCCAUGUACGCAACGGCUCAGAUGCACGCUCGGUUUUUAAAAGAAAAUGUUUUCCAGUUAUUGUAUGGGUACCGUGCACCCAGAACGUACGCAGAUAAAUAUGGGAAUGACAAACACAAUUAUGGUGUUGCGCAUUGCGAUGAGCUACUUAACUUUUUCACCACAACGCGUUAUGGAAUUUACCACAAGAGCGAGCUUGAUAUACGUGCUGUUAAAACCACUACCAAACUUUGGGAAAAUUUCGCACGAACUGGGAACCCGACCCCAGAUUCCGAGUUACCCAUUUGGCAACCCACGACUUUGGAGAACUCCAAUUUAUACUUCAUCGACAAUAACGUGGAAACCCGGAUGGUGGAUAAUGUGUUUAUGGACAGAAUCGCCUUUUGGGAAAAAUUAAUGAAUAAGAAACGAAAUCAAAAUGUGGAAUUAUGAAGAAAUAAUUGGUGAAUUGAAUAAGAUCGAGCACCGAAUGAAUCAUCUUGGGAGCAACUAUAGAUUAGUGCGGUACUAAGAUACUAUAGUCAUUUUUACGGUAGAUAGUUACAAAAUUGGUUUCGGACAAAACGAUAAGGCUAUGGAUCCCUGUGGACCGUUAUUUAAAUCUCCUAAAAAUUAUAAAAUUCAACAACGCGUACUGAACAAACUUUUUAGCACAAAAUGGGGUACACGUGCCCGAUAAGAGAGGAAUAAAUUAGGUUUCAAGGAGAAUCGAGGAUAUUUCAUAGUGCUCAGUACAAAUAUUUUCUUUAAUGUUAUCGUAAAUUUAGUUUGUCAAGUUCUUAGUUAACCUUUGAUUGAUAACAAUAAUAUGUUUGAUAUUUUUUAAUCUUGAAUGUGCAAUACCAUUUUUUGUAGCUACAAGUACCAAAAGUACAUCUAUAUCUAAUAUACAAGCUACAAUAGACCAUAUCUUUUUUUUUCUAAUUAGAAUAAAAAAAAACAUCUAAAAUCGUUUUGUCGAUGUUAUUAUUUUAAAAGGAAAAUAAGUAUCGUGCCAUAUUAAAGAAGCUGCAACUUCAAUAAGAAGGGAAU